AGCUAUUUUUAGCAUUUGUAGCGGGACGAUAAAUACAGUAGAUUAAAUGUGUUUGAAAAGAGCUUUAUUUGACGAGUGUAGAAGGGGUUUCAAUUAAUGGAGAUUUGCAUGUGAUAUUUAACAAAAUGGCUGAUGUAUAUUUCUCCCAACAGAGGGCGCUCCAGGCUCAGCCAAUGAAAACAAAGAAAGUGUGUGGAAAAGGAAGGCAGGGAGUUUUAGGUGUGAUCACAGGGGUGUGUUAGGAUGGCUGCAAACCUAUUUGACCAUCCUUAUGCUGCCGUUGAUAAAGCGAAUAACUCAAAUCCUGAUUCUGAACAUAACUCUGAUGCUGUCACAAAUUUUAAAGACUCCCCAAGGAAAGUGCUUGUACAAGAAAACAAAGGAGCCUCUUUAGAUAUUCUUAAUCAAAUAGCUCAAAGUCCUGAUUUUUCAUGUCUGACUUCAAAAAAUGGUCUGAGAGAAAACGGUUUUCAAAUAGAAACAAACUCUAGUUGUGAUGAGAUGGAUAUAGAUACAAUUGAAAGUGAAAGCAAACAAGAUACCAAAACUUUACAGGAAUCAGAGAAUGUUAUAGUAGGAGAGCAAGAAAAAGAAAACUCUGAUACAUCAGAUACCAAAACUUCAAAAACUUUUGACAAAGGGAAUGAAAACAUAGAUGAGUUUGAUAAAGAUAAAGAAAACAUAGUUGAAUCUGAUUCAAAGGUAUCUGAUGAAGGAAAUUUAGAUGAAAGUACGAACGAAGACAAAAUUAUUGGAGAAACAAGUGAAGUCCAGAAAGAAGAAGCAAACAUUAGUGAUCAAAAGGGGGAUGAUGAUACUAAAGAUGCCCCAGUUGCACCAGAAAGUGAUAAAGGAACAGAAGAAAUGGAUGUAUCACUUGAUGAUGGUGAUGAACAUGAGGAAGAGACUGAUGAUGCAGAUGAAGGGGAGGUUAAUGGCAGUCUUGAAAACUCAACAGAAUUAACUAGUGAAAUUAAAACUGGAAUUGGAAAUGGAAUUGUUGUCUCAGUAAUGAAAAAACGUAGAGGAAGGCGGAAAAAGCGAAAGAAGUCUCUUUGGUCUAAACCUAGUCCUUAUAAAAUGAGAAGAUUAAACAGUGGGUCACCUAAAAGAGUUUCUAUAGAAGAACCAGCUGAAAACAAGGAUAGUAAAUUUUCUGAAGAUAUUGAUGUGAAUAAAGAUGGAAAAGUACAUGUUAGUGAAAGUGGUGCACAGACUGAAGAAGACAGUAGCUUUAAAGAAGAAACCUCACAGUCAGAUGGUCAAGAUGAAAGGCUUCGCAGUAGAAGAAGCAGAACGCCAGGGAAAAGAGAAGGUUACUUGACUGGGAAUGAGUUAGAGGAACUAGAUUCUGCUACAGAAAGAAGAUAUGAAAAGAAAAAGUCUUUACUGCUGUAUCAAGGAAGGAGAGCUUCACCGGGUCAGAUUAAACCUCUCACUGCCCACGAGUUGGAGAAAUAUUCUGCACCUUUGAAACAAGGUUGGUUCCGAGAAGUUGUUAUAAGAGGAGUAUAUGAUGCAGCCACGUGUACAGGAGUCCCUAAGAGCCGACCCUGCGAUAUCUAUUAUUUUCCACCUGUCGGAAACAAGAUCCGAUCCAUGGUUCAGAUUGCAGAUUGGUUGGCAAAACAUGAAACUAGUUUGACAACAGACAAUUUUACUUUUAUGCGGAGAGCAAUUGGUGUUGAUGGUGAAUGUGUACGAAACGCAGCAGCUCACGGUCGUACAAAAGCUUCUAUGGAUUCUCUGAGGAGAAAAUUUAUUGUAAAAAAUGUAAAUGAUACACACGUACAUGAUGAUAAUGACGGACAGUUUGACAAACCGGAAAUAGUUAUUGAACGAGACUCAGAUGAUUUCUUAGCGCCGAUCAUGUCUGCUGUGGAAAAAGAGUCCACAGGUUCAACGUUCGAUCCAGAACCCAAAAGAGGUCGACCGAAAAGACUUUCUAAUAUUCCAAACCUGGAAGAAUUAAAAGAGGAGAAAGUUGAGACAAUGCACCCAUCAAAUGAGGAAGUAAUUAUAUCACCGCCGGUGAAGAAGGAGAAGCAUAAAGCUACGGCAAGAAAAAGCACAACGCAGAAAACAUUUAGAAAGUCUAUGCCAUACACUGGUAUUGAGAAUUUAUGCUCAUUAACAUGCCCAGGCAUGGAGGGAAUACCACCAAUGUUACAUUGUAAUGUAUGCAUGUGUUUGUUUCACAACGAAUGUGUCAACUAUUAUGAAGAGGACAGUGACUUUGUCUGUCUGAGAUGUAAGCAGCCUCCCAGUGCUGGAGGAGCUCCAUUGGUCAAAAUUCAGGAAGACAGUAUAAUGAAAGUCUCUAAUCCAGCGUUACUUAGCCAAUUACAAAAGAAGCCUGCAACAACUCAUCAGUCUAUUGUACGAGUGUUUCCCAACAUUAGUAUGAACCCAGUCUCUAGUAGUCCUGGUCUUAUCACACCAGUAACAUUUCAACAAGCAAGAACGCAACCAAAUUCUAUGUUACCAUUAUAUAAAAUGUUACCUGUUCUUUCGGGUAGUCCAGAAUCUACAGUAAUAAGUAGUAGCUCUCCAUAUAAUUAUCCUGUCUUACUAACAAAGAAUACUUCAGCGUUUAAAGUAACAUCAUCAACAUCACCUUCAAAUGCAUCACCUUCAAAUACUUCACCAGUUAUUAGAUCUGUAAAAGUACCUAUUGUUGCAAGGAAAUCACCAGCACUAACAGACAUAGUGAACCUAAAACCUAAACCAGAAUUCGCAGAGAUUAGGCCACAUAUCAAACAGGAGCCAAUAGAUGAUUCAUACCAGGAUGCAAUAAAAGGCAAUAAACCAACAAAUAAAAGAGAAACUAAUACUAAAGCUAGUAUUGAAGCUUUGGAUAAUUUAAAACAUGUGUUAUCAGCUAGACUAGGAAGUCCACCAUCAGUAGAUAAAGACAUUACUAAUCAAAAAACCAAAAAAGGAGUGCCAAUCUCAAGCUUGCUAAAUCCACAGUCAUUUGCGACAGGUUCACCUCAGGUAAGAAUGAUGACUAGUUUAUUCAAUAAUAUUAAUACAAACAGUCCUAUUGCGAUCUCACAAAAUUUGAAUCAGCCCAGGAUGACAUUCAAUAUGGCAUCCCCUCCUCCAGGUCAAUAUCCUCCGAAUCAGGAGUACCGAAUUGUUCCUAUUGGACCACCAGUGCCUUUGAAUAAAUUAACAGCGCGUAUGCCUCUGUUAGGAGGGCAAAAUUUAAUGCCCAUGCCAAUCAGGCCUUUAACAAUUUCACCACAAAUCAGACCUGAAAAACCAGUACCAUUAAAUAUAGUGACCACACAAGAAGAUGCUGCAGGUCAAGGAAAUUCCGGACCAUUAGUUGUUAAUGCUAAAUCUAUUACUCCAAUGAAUGGUCAGUUAUUGACAUUACCACAACCACUGGUGAGGAAAUUAACAUUAAAUAAACCUCUAGCUCUGAAAAUAAACAAUCGGCAAAUCACUGUUCCACCAUCAGGAUUUUUUCCGUCAACUGAGGGAUUAAAAAUUUUUCUACCACCAAAUACUUUCCCAACAGCAGAGGAUGGUGAUAAUGAUGUCACUGUUUCUAAUGAAAAAACUGAUGACGAAGAAAGUGUUCCUGUCUCAAAAUCAGAAAAAAGUAGUGCAAUAGAAAAAAGUAGUGCUGAAUCUCAACCUAGUGCUAAGGCUGAUGUUGAUCCAAAAGAGAAUUUGAACAAGACAGAUGGAGAAUUAAAAGGCAAGAAUGAAGUAGUGACCAGUGCUAACAAAAUGGAUAUAAAGAGAAAUAAAUUCUAUGGUAAAUGCUGUUUCAUACAGAAGUUGUAUGGAGGUUACGAUUGUAUGUUCCACAUAUUCAAACACCUGGAACUGAUAGAUCUUGUAAGAUUAAGUGAAGUGUGUAAAGCGUGGAGACGGAUUUUGCUUCUACCAGAUUUUUGGAGGGAAGUUCGAUUCAGUGACACAAAAGUAUCUGAUUGGGGUAAGGCAUUGAAGUAUGUCAGCAAAAGAGAUGUACAGUCUAUAAACUUAAAAGGGUUGUCACAUUAUGAAGAACCUAAUAGAACGUGGCACCAGCUGGUUUCCUCCCUGCAUGAACAGUUUGAGGAUUUUCAUAUGCUGAAAAAGAUCUCAUUUGGCCUGGUACCAGCAGCUGUCCUCCAAUCAGUUGUUGGGAGACUUAAACACCUCCAGUCAUUCAUUGCUGAAUCCAUAUCUGAUUUCACAGAUGAUUCUAUGUGGACUGUUCCAACGAAAAUAGAUGUUGGAAAUUUCCGCUGUACAGCUCAGCUGCGGGAGUUGAAACUGAGAGGCACAGGGGGCCUGUCACUUCCAUCAUUCAGCUUUGGGUGUGGUCUGGCAGAUAUUGGCAGAUUGACUACGCUUCACACAUUGCAUCUGACAAGCUUGAGGAAUCUGAAAGGGACAGAUUUUAACUUCAUAUCAAACCUGACAAAGUUGAAGGAACUUGCCCUUGGUGAUUGUGAAAACUGGACACAAGAGACAUAUGCACAUCUUGAGAAGUUAACAUCUGUGGAGAGAUUACGACUAGAGAAUGGAGGAGAUAUACCUGACAUAGGUCUCGGACUGGCAUUGUCACAUCUCACAGAACUGGAGAGAUUAGAGCUGAUAAAGUACACAGUAGCUUACACAUUUGGUAAUCAUAUUGGAGAACUUCACAAACUUAGACAUCUAUGUAUAUUUCCUCUCAACUUGAACUUUAUGGGUGAAGUAAAUACAAACACUUGUCGAGCUGUUGAGAGUCUGAAGGAUUUAAAGACGUUAGAAUGGAUUAUUGCACAAAGUAGUGACUCAUCAAUUAUCCUUGAUGAUAACAGUAACUCCAGUUCAGACAACUGUCCCGAGGGAAAACAACAGUGGAUCCCGUUUCAGACUUUACUAAAUGCAAACCCGAGUGACAGUGUUAAAAAUUCAGCAGUCCAGUACACGAGUGUAGACCAGUUGAAGAGCAAACUUGAGACUGCCCUUCCUAACACUAAAGUCAGUGUAUACUGUGCUAAAUCUGAGAGGAGAUUAAUAUAGAUCAACCGUCUGUGUCUUUUUGUUGAAAUUUAAAAUGAAAAUACUAACUAUACAUGUAUAAGGCAAACUUUGUGGAUAUUUUACUGUCAAAUAUGUGAUAAACAUUGCUUAUACAAGUGUUGAAGUAGUAGUAAAAAGAAAAAUAGGUUUCAAAAAUUAAUGUUUUUCUUUCAAAAAUACUCUUAACAAAUUAUGUUUUAGGGAUUAUUUACAGUUGAAAGGAUUAUUUGCAGUUGUUAAUAAUAUGUUAAAGUUGUGUUCAUGAUUACUGUUUCUUGUGUUCAGACAUUACUAUUUUCUGUAUUUCUGUAAUGAACUGCCGUAUAUGUAUAUUGGGUUAAUUGGUUUGAUGAGGAAAUAUCUGUCCUAUAUAGGGUAGUGUUUUCCUGUACAUAAUUGAUAUUUUAAAUCUUUGAAACUGGUCUUCUGAGAGAAAACUGGUUACAAUAUUGGUGAAUGUAGGUGCACUAAUGGCCUGAACAGCACAUUAUGCCUUAAAAACGAAAAAAAAUAUUCCUUCAUAAAGAUGCCAAAUAUUAUAAUAUAUAUGAGUUAUAAUAUUUUACUGAUAGGGUAAGUAUAUGCUUGGUGCUUAUUAUCUGAAGAAGUUUAUGCUGAAUUAUGAGUUAUUUGUCAUAAAAGUACUAAAAUGUAAACAAAGUAGUAUUUUGACAUCAAUACAAAAGACUUUAAAACUGUACUAAUUGCUUAAGUACAACAGAAGCAAAAUAUGAUUAGGUAAUUAGCCAAUAAGUGAUAGAGGUAAUUAACCAAUGAGUAAUUUUUUGGAAACUAUAAUAUGACAACAAAAGUAAAAAAUCUUUUGAGAAAUAAAAUCCAACCAUUUUUGGACAUAAUGGUCCUUUAAACAAUUUCUUUCAUGUGUAAUUUUGUCUACAUUUCCUAUUGGAUUUAAUUCAAACUUACGGUAUGAUAACACUUCCCUGUGUAAAAAUUACAUGGAUUUUGUGAUUUCAUCAUUUUUGGCAGAAUUUUUACUCUUCUUUGUUCAUCCCUCUAUAUUUUAAUAUUGGCAUUAAGAAAAAACUGGUUUUGUAACAAUUUCCUCAUAUUUGUUUUAAUAUUAUUUUCUUUUCAAAAUAAUUAUGUUACUAUGCAACUGAUUUUAGAAACUUCAAAAGAGAAGCAAUAAAUAAGCUUUUUUCUUUAUUAUCCAUAUAGUGGUGUAGAUAUUUAUUCCUCCCUACCUAAAAGUCUGGUUUUUGAUAGCAUUGUACCACAUUGAUACUGGCAGAAGAAUAGAGAAGAUAAUUCAUGUUAUAUUUCUUUUUUUUAGACAAGGGCUGUAAUGGAAUAAUGAUUUGUUAGGAGAAAUUUUCAAAGGCCCUUUACAUUGUAUAGAAAUGUUUCAGUGGGCAAACUUUAAAAUUGAAAAGCAGCCUACAGUUGAUACAUGCCCCAUUUUCAUAAUGUUUUUGUACAUUUGCACAUUAUUUUUCCUAUAUAUAUAUAUUUAGAUUUUUACCCUUGUUUGUUUCUAUUCUGUUGAAUAUAUUAUAUUGUUUGCUAGUUUUGAAAAUUUUUAAGCAUGGAAAGUAGAUUUUCUCUUUCUUUAGCAUACCUGAAAAAUAAAGUGUUUGAAUGUGAGCUUUUGUGACUACAUAGAGUGCAUUGACUGUUGAAUGUAUACAUUAAAACUGUGAACUCACCUAAGGUCAAUAAUUUAAGUCCAUGGAUAAAAUUUAGCAAAAAUGUGUCCCAAAAUGGUCAAGUUUGAGUGUUAAACUGGAGAAAAGAUUACGAAGGAGCUACUUUAUAACCGGAAACUGUUGUGUAAUAUAAUGAUAAUGCUUGCAGGAUAUUUUAGUACUCACAAUAACAGUAAUUAAGUAACACUCAGUAGCAGGCAGUUUGAACCAGGCUUCAUUGUUAGUGUUGACGGAAAGGCCAUAUUUUGUCAAAUAAAAUACAUAUUUGUAUUAAAGAAGUAUUCCUUUCCAAAAUAAACUUAAAAUUUUCAAAAUCUGGAAAUAAAUAGUAAAGCUACAAGAUUUUUUGUGAAGUAGAUCAUCAUGAGAUGUCCUUUUUGUACAGGCAUUUUUUGCUCAGCUUCAAAUUAUUGAUCACUGCACUGUUAAAUACAAUACAGCUUUAUAUGUGACAAGAUUAAUACAGCAUUUUAUAUAUGGUUUGUUAGAAUUUUCUACUCCAUUCAAUUAAAGCUGUGGUUUGAAUAAAGUUUACUUUCAGUUUACUGUACUAGGAAAUGAAGGUCUUCUGCUACCGUAUUUGGAACUGUGUUUGCAAUAUUAGAAGAAAUUGAAAAAAAAAGAAGGAAGUUCACAAUUAAUCAAUGAAAAUAACCUUUAAUCAUGACAGUGUAGUAAAUAUAUACUACUUGAAUAACCACAUAGAUGAAAGUAAAUCAUAAUUAUAUUAUUUAUACUCUAGGCUGUAAAUACAUAAGAUGGGAGCCUAUUUAAACAGAUUCAAUUUACUGCAAAAUUAACACAACUUUAUUAAAACUUUUCAGUAAUGAUUAUGUUUAUGAAAUACAAAUUCAAAUGUUAGUGUUAUUAAGUAGAUUUAAGAAAAUGAUUAUUGGUCAUAAAAUAUCUUGAUCUAAAUGUUACUUGGUAAGAAUAAAACCCAAAUGAUAAAGGUUUUUUUUAAUAGUUGAUCAUGUUAACCUGUUUUGCUGAAAAACUCUGGUUAGUAUUACAUAGGGCUAUGUUGUAUCUAUUCUUAUUUUUUCUGAUUCUCUUACAUUGAUGUCUAAAUUUAAUAAUGCUGGCCUUGAAAAAGAUAUUUAAAACAACAAAAAUUGUAAAAAGGCCAUUGGUUAUUUUAGAGAUAUUUUAAUACUUGUUUAUAUAUGUGAGAUUUGUUUAAGAAAUAACAUCGGCCUGAGAGGUGUAUAUCGGCUAUUUAACACCGGUUUGGAGUUUUGAUGCGUAGGAAUUGACCACGAAGGCCGUAGGCCUGAGUGGUUAAUUUUUUCGCAUCAAAACGACAAAACCGAUGUUAAAUAGCCGAUAUACACCUCUCAGGCCGAUGUUAUUUCGAUUCUAUCACGAUAAAAUAAGAAGAUCACUAAUGUUAUUUUUUCAAGCGGAAAUAACUUCCGGUGCCGAUUUUCGUAAAACGCUGUUCGAUUUUCGCACCCUACUAUUGCAAAGAUAUAGAAAUUAUUAAACAAAAUAUAUAAUGAGAAAAAUAAAUGUUAUUUUAUCAAGUUUUCAACAAUAAAAACUUACGUCGUAUUGUGUUUACAUCAGUGCCCAAUUUAUCAUUCUUGUAUGUAUGAAAUAACGUCAGCUUGUUUAUGAAUGAGUUGUUUACUUACGAUGACGUCAUUACGCUGCUUACGGAUUGGCGCCGUUUUGUCAAAAUAUUUAUUAACUGAUAUGGAUCAUAUAUGUGGCGUUAGUGUAUGUGAGAUAUUAUUUCGAUAUUGUAUGAAAAGAAAACAUUAUAAGAACUGAAAAUAUAAAUAAAAAUGUUUUUUAUUGUUGCUUUAAAAGGCUUUGUAAACUAUAUAAUCGAGGGUGAAAACAUAAAAGCCGCAUAUACAAGUAGUCCCUAACCAGUGUUUAUUGGCAGUUUAACACUGUUUUUUUUCCUUCUUUGUCUAUAGUGACAAAAUCACGUGGAGUGAUAGAAUAUUAAAUGAAGUCUGCCAGCAUUUUUUAUUAGCAUCCUGAAGUCUUAUAUUUUGAUUUACUGAGAAUUUGAUUGGAAAAAUAAUUCUAGAUUCUUUGUGAAAACAUUGGUAAACACAUAAGUUUGAUACAUAGGGACUAUUUCACGAGUGUGCUAUUCUGGAAGGUUGUAUUGCUUGUUUUAAUUGUUAAAAGUUGUAUUUCCACAAUCCUGCAGUCAAGGAGAGUGAUCAACACUCUAAUGUACCUUUCCUCUCUUUUUUCUUUUGUAAAAUCUAUUUUAAAAAAAAAAAUGUGAAAAAAUAUGAAAGAAUUAUUUAUUUAAGUGCAUGUGUAUGGAUAUAACAUAAAUGGACAUAAGUCACGACUCAAGUGAUACAAGGUGUUUGAAUAUGCAAAAUUGAUCUGGGUGUACAUGUAUGUAUUUCUACAGCUGAAUAUUAUACUUUGUAUAUAAUAAUACAUCCUCUUCAGUUGUUAUUAUUGUUCGUUUUUUUUGAAGAGAUAAUUAUAUGUAUUUUAUAUAUUUUUGUUUAAGCUUAAUGCCAAGUCUUGACAUAAAUUUAUUCUAGACACAAUUGCUAGUCUUAGGAAUAUUUGUUUUAUUAGAUUAUGUUGAAAUUUUAGAAAUGAAAGUUAAAUGUAUUUCUAUCAUUGAGAAUGCAAAUUUUUUUUCUUGUGUAUAUACAUAUUUAAUGCAUUGUUAUACUAUAUAUAAUCAUUUUAUCUUUCUACAUUAUAUCACCAUUUACAUUGUAUCAUGAUAACAUCUUUUGUUCAUCCUAUUUAUUAAACAUUUGCACAUCUAUACAUUUCUAAGAAUGGACCACUGUUAUAUACUGUUUAUUAUAUAGAGAAAUAGCUAUGUCCAAUAUCAUUUGCCAGUAGCAUGAAGUGCUGUUGAUAAUAGGGUUAAGAUUCUUUAUUGCAUAUGAAUUCAUGUUACUUUAGAUUUCUUUUAAACUGUAAAAUGAUGAUGAACAAACAAACAAAACAAUAAAACAGUGUUUACUGAAA